UCUCUGGUCUUUGUCAAUUUGACAAUUGUCAAAGUGCUUUCUUUACGAAUAAAGGUUUUGUUGUGAAUUUUAAGAAAAAUGCCUAAAUACUAUUGUGAUUAUUGCGAUACUUACUUGACGCACGAUUCACCUAGCGUCAGAAAAACCCAUUGCACAGGGAGAAAACACAAAGAUAACGUAAAAUUCUAUUACCAGAAAUGGAUGGAAGAACAAGCACAACAUCUUAUUGAUGCUACGACAGCCGCGUUCAAAGCUGGUAAAAUUGCUCAGAAUCCAUUUGGUAACAAAGGCGCAGCCAUACCUCCUCCAUGGGAUCCUUCUGUUAUGGCACAAGGAGGACCUAGGCCACCAGUUCCUACGCCUGGUGGACCUCCAGGGAUGUUACCACCUCCAGGAAUGGGUCCAGGCGGACCUAUGGCUCCUCCAAUGAUGAUGGGACCACACGGACCAAUGCCGCCUAUGAUGGGUAUGCGGCCACCUAUGAUGGGUCCUUUGAUGGGACCUAUGGGACCAAUGGGACCGAUGGGUCAAAUGCGACCACCAUUAAUGAAUGGACCACCAAUGAAUAAAUAGUGCAAAGUGGACAAUUCUAAAUGAACAUUAUAGACCAUGUUAUUUAGAAAACUUGAGGUGUUGUGUGUUUGAGGUUAUAUUACUUACAGAUGUAAAUAAUAUAUUAAAUAUACAUAAUUUUAAUGAAUAUCCAUAAAGAUUGUUGUAAUGUUUAAAACACGUUUUAAGAGAGAAUUUGAGAUAUAGCAUGUCCUAAGGUUCUUGCAUAAAUGCAACAUAUAACAGCAACUGGAGUUGUUACUUGUGCAAGUUUUAAAGUCAUCAAUAGGUCUCAAUAAUGUUUGCUUACACACAUUUAUAAAAAAAUAUGUAUAUGUAUAGUAUUUACGAGAAGUAACUUGAGAUUUUCCUAAAUAACGAACUAGUUUACAAAAGGGAACUUCAAAUCCUAUUCUAAGGCACACAUCCUCUUUUUGUAAGUUGCUACAUAAGAUAAUUUUGUAAAAUAAAGGAAUUUCAAUAAAUUACUGUUUUAAUA